UCCCCCCGACAUUCGAGCUGGACGCCCCGCCCAAUAUGGAGCCUGCAGGAAGAGACAGACAAAACAAGCCAGCCGCCCUUCCUCCUCCUCCUCCUCCUCAAGACGAUCCAGGCUGCUGCGUCUCUGGGAAUACGGAAACCACCGGGCCACUAACCAGACCACAGACAGGGCCACAGACGGGGCCACCGACGGGGGCAACUGACCGGGCCACCGACGGGGCCACAGACGGGGCCACCGACGGGGCCACCGACCGGGCCACAGACGGGGCAACUGACCGGGCCACCGACGGGGGCAACUGACCGGGCCACAGACCGGGCCACCGACGGGGCCACCGACGGGGCCACAGAUCGGGCUUCUGAACAGAACCAACACCAGGAGAACCAACAGCACGUCUGGAGCCUGGUCUCUUUAGCUGGUUCUGGUUCUGCUGGUACAUCUCCAGAACCUUUCCUUGGACGGUUCUGGACCAGACGGGGUUAAGGUGAUCCGUUUUGUAGGGUUGGCAGUUAUUGAUUAAUGACUUCAUCAAUAGUUGAUUGAUCUUAUCGGUCCAGGACGUUUCUCAUCGAGACGACGUUCUUUUCAUAACGGCAGAGCUGGACAGAAAAUCAAUAAGUAUUUAUAUCGCAAUCAGCAUAUCUACUGAUCAGUAUCAGUAGAUAUAUCCUGAACUGCACAGCAUUCUGGGAGAUGUAGGCAGAUGAGAAUUUGAAUUGGAUUUGGGUUUCUGGUUGAGAGAGCAGCUUGGAUCAACAUUUGAGUGAAACUUCAGGAGUUUGUUCAGUUUCUAGAGCAUUUUCUCUCUCCUGUUCUGAAAUGGCCUUGCUGCCAUCUUUGUUUCUGCUUCAGGAUGACCAGCAGUGCCCUCUGCUGGUUGGAGGCCUAACUACAGCAUGGAAUGAAAGUCUAUCGAUUAGAACCCAUUUUAAUCUAAUAAACCAUUAAUUGUAAGUUGAUUGGUUGUUUGCAUCCGUAGUUCCAGCUUGUUGGAGCCGAAUCCCAGGAAUCAGUGGGAGGUUCUGAUCCGCUCCGGAGUCUGGAACGACCCGAACUGGAGCUGCCGCUCAACGCUAUUUUUCACUUUCUGCAGAUUUUUUAUUAAAUCAUUUAAGCUUCUUUUACAAAAUAUUACAAGUACAUAAAAUGUAAACAAUUAAUUCAGUGAACAGCUCAAGUUAGGGACAAUCUGGAGAUUAUUUACUGAUUAUUA